UACUGUCCGCGCCGGCCGGAGGGCAAUUCCGGCAUUGAGAAAAGCACGCGUUUGGCGUUGAAGGGAAGUGGCGGCGGGGGCGGCGGGCAUGGCUCCGAGCGGGCAGGGGGGAGCUAGCGGAGGCUCCUCUGGUGCGGUGACACCCGAAGGAGUGCGAGGCUGGGUCCGGGGGGUCUAUCGCUUCGCCACCGACCGCAAUGAUUUCCGCAGGAACCUCAUAGUUAACCUGGGUCUCUUUGCUGUGGGAGUUUGGGUAGCCAAGAACUUAACAGACAUUGAUCUGAUGGCACCCCAGCCUAUUGCAUAGCAGAGAAGAUGUAAAGAAAGUAGACCUCCAUCAAGCCUGAAGACUUUCCCUCGUGCUGUAUGACCAAAUGAGUUGUGAUUGAUCGCUAAGCUGUGAUAUUACCUUUCACAUGGUGCCUGCUCUAAAGAAUCUGAGGCAACAGCAGCGCUAGAAGUCAAAUACGAAUAAGGAGGAUUGGAAAAAGUCUCUGUAACAAUACUGUGUACACUUCUUUUCAGUACAUUAAGUUCAUGUGCUUGGGGAACAAUGGUUGACUCUAGUGGCAGCCUAGCACCAUGUUAUAUUUUGUCAAAAGCUAGUUUAUUUAAACCAUGUUAACUUUCACAGAUGAAAUUAACUUAUGUACAAACAGAUGAAAUAAAGACAUGGCAGUGCAUUGAUCUUUUUCUUUUUUAAUAGGAAAUUUCAGCUUACAAAAACAAGGUAAAAAGAGUAAAGAUUUACAAAAAUCAUAAAAACAUGAUUCAUAUUUCACACUCAAAGAGGAAGUAACAAGCCCCAGUCUCAUGUGUUUAAGUAGGACAUCAGCUAUCCAUAGGGAAAAUACAUUUUAAAAGGCUUAGGUGAGCCUGAAUUAUGAACAAUUUUCUGCCAGCAUAAUGGUUGUGUGGUGCUAUGGAUUUUGAUUGCAUGACUUAUGUGGAAAAUAAACUGUUUAGUGUUGCAUAGCAUUUCGGUGCCUUAGCUUACUUUCUAUUGCCUUUGAAGUUACAGGAAACCACUUGCUAAUGAAGUAUUGUAAAAGAGGAAUCAGGAUGCUGUUUCUUUCACAGAAGAAUGCCACCACAAUGAGCCUUUUAAAGUUCCUUUAUACAAUUAUUAUUAGAGCAAUUUCUUCUUCUGGGGGUGGGUGGGGCACUAAAUAGAUCACAGAGCAUUUCUACUUAAGACUUCAGAUUCCACCACAGGGAAUAAGAGAACUGGUCCUACGAGGAUGGAAUCUGCCUGUCAGAAAUAGUGAUGAUAUUUGAAUGGAACAAAAACCAGGUAAUGCACCUUAAAAAAAACACAAAACCUUAAUUUUCUUGCCUUUGACAGAAAGUUUCAAUCUGCUGCUUUGCAUUUGUUUCAUGAUGGUUGGUUGAUAUUUACAAGCUGUUAAAUCCAUGUGAAAGACCAGUAGCUGUGAUGAGUUGGUAUGAGUCAGCUAAAUGAAGUUUGAACAACCCAUGUCCUCCACAAUUACCCUAAUAAUAAAAAAGCCUUGUAGUAGAGACAGGCUUAGCCAUGCUGCCAGUGUGUAAAGUGAAUCUGUUUAACAACACAUGGUAGUAGCAUUUGUCAGAUUCCUACAAGUCACUAGUAUCGGUGUCUGCUUAAGACCCCCCCCCCGAGAUAAAAUGGUGCAGACUACUUUUCCAACACGUUAGUUAUAAGUAACUUUGCAUUAAGAAAAAUGCAUGGCUUUGUAGCACUUCUGUUGAACCUUUUAUGGUGAAGCUGAGGAGAUGAUAUUGGAAGGUGCUGCCUUUUCCUGAACAGUUCUUUUGAUCUAUAUUUGCACCCAAUGAUUUUUGAAAUCUACUUGGCCGUGCACUUUAAAGAUAAUAGCAGCAUUCUACACAGUGUUUGAAAAUGAAGUAACCGGUUUACUGCCAAUUACUUUUUUAGACUAGCACUCCGAUUUUAAAUUAUUGUGUCUGUUGGUCAGAGUUAGGAUUGUAGCUUUACACUUGGUUCAGUUCAUGCCUGACUUCUGCAUUUAUUAUGUUUGAACUUAAGUUUCUGCUGCAUUUAAGAUUUAGUUCUAGCAUCCAAUAUUGCCUUUGAAAUUUUCACUAAGCAACCCUCUAAUAAGUUUUAUGGUUCAGUAAUGUAAAAUUUUUAGUCCACCCUUGCUGUUAAAUACCAGGUAAAGACUAUUUAUGCUUGUCUCUAUGUUCUUAGGGGUAUUGAAGCUGGAGGCAGCGGGCAAGACAGUACGCUCAAAAAUAAGAUGUGGCAGCAAUUGAGGGGAGCCAGAUGCCUUUCUUGGUGGGUAGUGGUAGGAGAGAGGAGGCUACAAACUCAAAUCUAUCCACCUGCCAAUAUGGGUAGCAGACACGCUCCCGUUUUGUGGCUCACUGAUGACCUUAUUCUUGCUGCUCAUCCCAGGAAUGCCACUCCUAUGUGUUGACUGUUGGGAUAUUGCAGAUAUCUUUUAAAAAAACACAUUUCUCCAAAAAUCUGGACCAGGAACUGUAUGCAGUAGCUAUAAGGAUGCAUUCUAUAGUUUGAGCCAUUUGUAAAACCCUUAAUGGGAUUAGAAAGCCUGUUUCCCCAAGGUUUUACAUACUGGAUUCCUUAGUUAC